UAUCCAGCAGAACCAUUCACGGGCGCCAGUCGCUGUCUCAUUCCUUGAAUCCGUCAGAAGAAGACCUGUAUUUAUCCGACAUUUGCCAAUUUUUAGCGGCGGCAAGACGCUUGGUACCUUAGAACCUGCUUCCGUCGUGGCGUCAGUCUACAUACACAGCUGCGCCCAUCUUCACCCUCCACUCCACGGCUCCCUGUCGCUGCAUUGAACUACCGUGCCACACCUCCAUUAUACCAAGAUAGCUACAACUCCUUACGCAACCAAUUGAGUUGUUACGGGCUUAUCGUGGAGCCUUCUACCUUCAUCAAUCGCGAGCACCGAGCUCUUUGUCCACACGACACGCGACGACAGCGCAGCAAAUCCUCAACACGACCCUCUCUGCAAUCAGAAAACACCCGGCUGUGCCGAUUAAGCUAUUCAGCUUAUCGGGAUAUGAAAUACGGCGAAACGCUCAGGCAGCGUUCAAUACCGCAAUGGGGACAUCACAACGUCGAUUACGAUGAUAUUAAACACCUAAUCAAAGAGCACACAACCCCGGGGAGUGGGAAGGCGGUUGCUAUACCCGGCCAAGGCGAUGAGGACGCCCAAGCUUUCGAGGACGAGCUGUUUUCGCUGUUAUUAGAGCAGCAUGACCGAAUAAACCUAUUCAUCAAGAGCAAAAGCGGUGAAAUCGAAAGGCGGCUAGAGCACAUCAACAAACGCAUUCUCGAGCUUCAAUCACGUCACCCAAUAUCCCAAGACACUCGAUUGCCUGCCAAACUUGUGGAGCGAUAUGCCAAGUUUGAUGCCGAUGUUUCCAAAGCUGGCGAGGAAGUUCGAUCCCUCUCGCGAUUUAGAGCUGCCCAACGAACCGCCUUCACGAAGCUGUUGAAGAAAUACAAGAAAUGGACACGAAGCUCAGAGCUUGGGCUGCGAUUCAGGGCUGAGGUCACAGACAAACCGGACAGUUUCUGUCAACUAGAUCUAGGAUACCUUCUCGAUCUAUACACAGAUGUUCUUCACUCCGUCAGGGCUCCUUUCGAAGUUUCGACUUACUCAAAACCCCACAUCGUUCCGCCAAAUAACCUCACCGCCCUAUCUGCCUCUGUGAGUCCCCGAGGAUCCGUCUCGUCUUCAACCGCUUCCCAAAUUUUCAAUGCAAUCGAGGAGAGUUCUGAGGUUGGAUACGACACAACCCUAGCAACGGUCCCCAUUGGUGCUGGAGGAAGCAAGGCAACCUACUGGAUACACCCGGAUCACAUAGUGGAAGUCCAAGUCUUUCUUUUGCAGUAUAUGCGGCUCUACAACUCCGGGAAAGCUAAGAACACAGCCCAAAGUUCAGCAAAUCCAACACCUCUCCGCCGGAACUCCUCCUUCAGAUCCGAUAAUGCGGGGAACUUUGGCAAGGAAGAUGACAUCGGCAUAAUCGUCCUGGACCACCCGGACGAGUUCGCGAAAAAGCAGAACGCCAGUCCAAUUGGUGACAGUGAAGAAGUCACGGGAAGAUAUCUGACAAAAGCCGCUGGCAGUGCUCGAUGGACGUCUAGUGGAGAAGCUAUUGUCAUGGUGGGCCUCGAUUCGAAGAAAGGCGCGCCUGACUCGAGAUUGGCGAAGCUGAAACGCAAAUACGUGGACGCUUUCUUGAAUACCGCGACACCCUUUACUUCUCGCCGGCCCUCGUACUCGUCCGUGUCGUCUGAAAUUGGCGAACAGGAUGUGGAUGCUGCUGCCAAGGCUACUGAGAGUGUUCGGGAAUGGUUGAAUGCCCACAAAGACGUAGCGCCGCUUGCUGAAAUCACAUCAAAGCGGACUCGCUUUAUUGGUCUUGGCAAUAACACAUUCGGCGGUCUAUGGGCUACUCUUGAUAGGGAGAUCAGCAUGAAGAAGUAUGUUCCGGGCGAGCUGGCAGAUAACGAUUGGCUCCAGAAAGCACGUACAGAUUCACACUCCUUCCCACACGCGGUUCUAGAAGUUCGAAGGGAAGGUACACAAUCUGCAGAGAUUAUCAAGGCUUUGGAUCGUGUCCACCUGACUGAACGCGUUCGAGGAUUUUCACUUGAGGUUCACGCAGUUUGGGCGUGCUCUAAACCGAAUGCCUUGUCUCCGCCACUUUGGAUCCCUACUCUGGCAACUGAUAUUCGAAAACUUCCCGAUGCCGUCAAGAAACAGCGCAGAUCAGCCACAACCGUGGGCUUCUCUGCUCCUCUCAUCUCACAGCCUACAUCAAGAUCGACAACAUCAGCCACAGAUGGGCAGACGAGCCCUAGUACGAUUCAUAAUCUAGAAUCAUCGGCGACAUCCGGCCCAGAAUACCUCGAAACCCCUACUUUGAGUUCAUUCAAGACGAAGCGAAGAUCUUACGGGACUAUCAUACCUGAAGAACCAUCUGGUCAACCGGAGGAUCGACAAAACUAUUGGAACGAGUACGAUCAUCCUGAAGACGGUUCUGAAGAUGAAGCAUACUUCAUCUACAUUGAUCCAAACUCCACGGUCCACUUCCCCGGCCAGGAUACUCUUUUGAAAUGGGCACACAAAACCCAGCGCCUUUUCCGUUUGGGCAAGCGCCCUGAGGAGACGUCUUUACUCCAACCACAUUCUCCGAUAUCACCGACCAGCGAUGGUGAUGACGAUGAAUCGAGCUCUGAUGAGGCUGUCCGUGCUGCUCGAAUAGGACAAAGUCAGGCCGUAUCGCAGGAUUCCACGGAAGGUCAAGGCUUCUUUAGCAGCCUCUUUGGCUCACGCCCCGCCUCUAGGAGGCAACAGUCCCAAAUCGCCCGUCGCCAAUCAGCUCACGAGAUACACACACUAAUGGAGUUGAUUGAGGCACGCCAGCACGACCGUGAAAUGACCAAGCUCCGCCUCUACGCCACUUGCCUUGUUGCAUCGGUAGUCAUCGACAUCAUUCUCGGGACACUGAUUGUUACAGGCCGACGUAAAGAGAGAGGAGUUGUGGAUGCUGGAAUCUUAUUCGGAACGAUUGCCAACUUGCUGCUCCUAAUUGUGGCUGUUGCUAGCAUGCGCACGAGGCACGAGAGGCUUGGUUGGUUCCACCAAACCGUCUUGUUUUCAGUCGUUGUCGCCGUUGUGGUUGUUGAUGUGCUGUUGCUGAGAUGGGUUCUCGCAUGAGGAAUCCUGCUAAGAUUAGACGUUUGAAAAAUUGAUGGCAUGCGAGAGAGAUGGGUAUGACGACUACGCAGCAUAAUAACGACCAAAGCUACGACUUUUAAUGAUGAAGAUGGGUUCUUGUAUUAUCUCUUUUGAACGAGUAUACGAUCUGGUAUCUUCGAUUUUCAUUGCAUACUUCUUUCCUUCUUGUUUUUAUAGUUUCUUGAAAGUAUCGAUGCUGUCAUAUUUGUUCGAAGUUGGAUCCAUUUGCUCUAUUUUGGUAAAUCAUCUUUGUCUUGUAUAUUGGGCUUGCGGGAGUCUGGACUGGUUUGUAAUUACUUGGGUUUCUUUUACACGAGCGUAGUAUCUGAG